UAUAAAUUUUUUUAACAUAUUGUAGUAAAAUACAAUAUGUUUUUCAAAAUUGUUUUGCUGUUAUUCACCACAUCGCAGGUAUUUUGCGAUGAUGAUCUCCUGGUUACCUUACCAAACGGAAAACUUCGAGGAAUUUCCCUAACUGCUCCAAUUACCGGUAAUCUUACAUAUUACGCAUAUUUACGCAUUCCAUUUGCAGCACCACCAGUAGGUAAUUUACGAUUUCAGCCACCGCAACCACCUGCAAAUUGGGAAGGCAUUUUAGAAGCUAACAAUGUUUCCGUAUCCUGUUACCAAGUACAAGCAACAGACAAAUACGAAUCAGAAGAUUGUCUCUAUUUACAUGUUUAUUCGCCUGUUAAACCUACAGAUACAAGAAAAUUGCCAGUUGUUGUUGAAAUUUAUGGAGGAACGUUUCUAAAAGGUCAUGCUUCCUACAAUAAUAAAGCAGGUGCUUUCCUCAUGAGUUAUGGCGUGGUACUUGUAACCUUCAAUUACCGAGUUGGACCAUUUGGAUUUUUGUCUACUGGUGAUACGGUUAUUCCUGGAAACAUGGGUUUGAAAGAUCAACAGGCAGCUCUUAGAUGGAUCCAACAGAAUAUUGAAUACUUUGGUGGAGAUCCACAAAAGGUAACGAUUAUGGGUCAAAGUGCUGGAUCAGCUUCAGUUACUUAUCAACUACUCAGUCCCGGCUCUGCAGGACUUUUCAGAGCUGCGAUUGGUAACAGUGGUUCAGCUUUAUGCAAUUGGGCAAACAAAAUGAAUGCUGUGGAUACAGCUUAUGGAAUAGCUGCUGAAAUCGAUCCAAGCUUUGAUAGAUCAAGAUCGACUCAAGAAUUAGCAGAUUUUCUAUUAUCAGUUGAUGCAUCUGCAAUAGUCAGCACACAGUAUCAUUUUUAUGUCUUUCCUCCUGUGUUGGAAGUACCUCAUGAUGGUGCUUUUAUUACCGAAUCAAUGUACACUUUAGUAGAAACCGGAGCAUUCAACAAAGUUCCAGUUUUGAUGGGCUUCAAUUCAGAAGAAUAUAUAUCAAAGGGUAAAGAUAUGAAUCUGUUGGCCAAAUAUGCCCAGCAAUUUGAUAAUAAUCCUCGCCUAUUAGUAGAUGGAGAUAUGUCUAUAACUGAUGAUGCCGUUAAAUUGGAAGUGGGACAAAAAAUAAGACAAAUUUAUGCAGGUGAUGGGCUACUGGUAGAUAACCUUGGAAAACUAAUACAGUAUUACAGUGACAAUACGUUUAUUAGAGCAAUAAUCAAAUUUGCGGACCUAGUUUCCCAUCACGUUAACGUAUACCUCUAUGAAUUCACAUAUCACGGAGAAAUAGGGGGACAGAGCAUUUAUGUACCUGGUAUUGGAAGAGUAGGACAUGGAGAAGAACAGAAAUAUUUUUGGGCUAAUUUCGAUAGCUACGACCAAUAUCCUGAGUCCGAUAGAUUAGUUCAACAGAGAUAUAUCAGAUUAUUGGUUAAUUUUAUCACCUAUUUGAAUCCCACUCCUGCAAAUGAUGAACUUUUCGGAAAUGUUAUAUGGUCCAAUGCACAGAGCCCAUACUUUAGUUACAUGGAUAUUGGCGAAAAUUUGGUUUUAAUGCAAAAUCCUAGAAACUUUUCUUACGUUCCCUGGGUAGAAUUAUACGAGCAAUAUGCUAAAAAACCGUUUAUAUCAUAUUGAAAAUUGAAACAAUAAAAUAUGUAACUGGGUGAUGCUAGUUUAUUUAUAAACCUUGAAUAAUUGGAAUUUGA